ACACACUGUGUGCAGUAGUUUCUCCUGAAGGCACACGCCGAGCCCGGACUGCUCCACACUGGGGGUAAAUUCGCCUUUAAAGCACCAGAAAAGAAAAACGCUCGUGUGUGUGUGUGUUUUUUUCCGUCUUCUGGAUGAACAAUGUUGUUUUUCUACACGACAGAAAACAUGUCGGGACACAGUCUUUUAAUCGGAGUGUUUAAAACAAGUCGAGCUGACAUGCAGACCAUGUGUGGCUGAACUGGAAAUGGCUUUGCUUUGAGGGAAAGAAAAGAAACAGCAACGAAAAAAAAAAGAAAACUGCGAACAUUUCUUUCUUCAGAUGAUCGCACUGCUCUCUGGACUGGAAAAAGAGUGGAAAACUGGGAAUACCGGGAGUUUUCUUGGGGGGGAAGUUUGGUCUUUAUCCUAUAGAACUAUAGGAUUUUGUCUUCUAUGGACGAAGGAAGUCCUCUUUCUCCAAAAGCAAACGCUUUCAGUAUCGACUCUCUGAUUUCUGCAGCAGGAAACGCGACUUUUGCCAAACACGGAUCUUUUACUACCAUGCACUACAGCACAGUGACCAGGGAAAUGGAAGCCAUCUCGAGCCCGUGGCUGACGCAGCUCUCCCAUUUUUGCGAUGUUGCAGCCUUCACCACGAGCAGCCUGAACAGCCUGAACGCGCCGGGCAGCUACCAUCCUCAUCCUCAUCCUCAUUCCCACCAUCCUCAUCCUCACCACCUCUCUCCUUCACCCGGGGAUCCCUACAGCAGUCAGCAUGAAGGCCACUUCGAGUCUUGCCCUUCUGCCCCACAGGCCGCUUGUUACCCUCCGUACUCGGGCUCCGACGCGGCACAGGGCGACCCGAACACCACGAGCUGCUCGUCUUCCUCCUCGUCUUCCUCUUCCUCGUCUUCGUCGUCAACGCCGAACAAGUCUCUGGUGAAGAAGAACCCCAAAGUGGCGAACAUCAGCGUGCAGCUGGAAAUGAAGGCGCUCUGGGACGAGUUUAAUCAGCUUGGAACCGAGAUGAUCGUCACCAAGGCCGGCAGACGAAUGUUUCCUACUUUCCAAGUGAAGAUAUUUGGGAUGGAUCCGAUGGCUGACUACAUGCUUUUAAUGGAUUUCCUACCAGUCGAUGAUAAACGCUAUCGCUACGCGUUUCACAGCUCCUCGUGGCUGGUGGCCGGGAAAGCAGACCCCGCGACCCCGGGCCGAGUUCACUAUCACCCCGAUUCUCCUGCUAAAGGAGCUCAGUGGAUGAAACAAAUCGUCUCAUUCGACAAACUUAAACUCACCAAUAAUCUAUUAGAUGAUAACGGACAUAUCAUCCUGAACUCCAUGCACAGAUAUCAGCCCAGGUUUCACGUCGUCUACGUGGACCCACGCAAGGACAGCGAGAAGUACGCUGAAGAAAACUAUAAGACGUUUGUUUUUGAGGAGACCCGAUUCACUGCCGUCACCGCCUACCAGAACCACAGGAUAACGCAGCUAAAAAUCGCCAGUAAUCCAUUUGCAAAGGGAUUUCGAGACUGUGAUCCUGAAGACUGGCCCAGGAAUCACAGACCAGGCUCGCUGCCAAUAAUCAGUGCUUUUGCUCGUACAAGGAACCCAAUGUCUUCUCCGCCUCUGCAGAAUGGUUCAGAGAAAGACGACAGCAGGAGAGAUUACGACCGCGACCCCAAUGGAACACCCAUCCAUGCCGAUCCAGCGCACCAGCUGAUGUCCCGUGUGCUGAGCCCCGCCUUGCCUGUCCCGGGUGGCCUCCAUGCCGUGCCUCUGACCUCCGGACCUCGUAGUCCACCUCAUGAACUGCGUAUCGACGGGCACCAGGCUGCAGACACGCUGCACCAUCACCCCUACAAAUACCCCAGCACCUACGAACACUACCUAGGGGCAAAGACCAGGGCAACUCCAUACCCUUUACCCAGCAUCCGGGGUCACACUUACCCCCCUCACAUGAACCCAGCCACGGCCAACAUGUACUCAACCGGCGGUGCCCCACCGAAUUAUGACUACGGGCCGAGAUAAUGACUGAUAACAACAACGAGAAAAUCAAAGGCACCCCGAGAUACACAGUCGCUCUCUCUCUCUCUCUUUUCGUCAUACACACACACACACACGUACAUUUCUCCAUAUCCAAAGCUUGGAUUGAGUUUUGGAAAAGAGCGUGUCGUUCGAGGUGGACGAAAGGCCAUAUUUAUUAAAAAACGGAGAAAUGUAUUUACGGAAAAACCAGACAGGCCUGGUGGAACGGGAGUUCAGCUCCCGUGUGGCCUGGUGACUCGAUCACGGUCAGGCUUUUAAAAAAAGGGCGCUAUAGAGGAUCUGAAGACUUCACGACAGACGCCAGCACAAGAAGAAGUAAUGCAUUAUUGCGGACUUGGAAAUGAAAUUUUGUGUUGGAUGCACUUUUUUUUUUUUUUUGCUUUUAAAAAAAGCCAUAAGUUAUAUAUAUUCUUGAGCCCGUUCGAGCUUCUAGAUAGGGAGGACAUUUGCAUGUUGCUCUGAUCCGAAGGUGUCAAGAUGCCUUGGGAUAUUUUAUGCUAUUAUUUUCUUGUUGUUGUUCCUGAUUGAGUUACUAUUCUUUGAAAAACUAGGCCAUCUUAGGCAACUCGGAGAAGCUUGUACCAUGGCACUGACUUACUGCAGUUCAAAAUAAAUUUGGACAGAAUGACCUAGCUGAACCUGUAAAAUAAGCAUUAAAUGUUUUACUUUCAACAUCA